AUGUUUGUGAAGUGUGACCAGAAGUCGUUGCUGCCCAAACCACACGAGCGACGACGAGUGAAGUGCUUCUACAACUGUCUGGCGGUCGUGAUGGCUCACCACCUCCAGUCCCUGUGCUUCAGGUCCAUCGAAGACUACACCAGCCUGAUAUGCGACCCAGAGGUGAGCCCGAGCUUCUUGCUUCACCUGUUCUACGAGGAGGAAGAAGGCUUCGUGUUCAAGCCGGGCUUCCGGCAGUUCGACGACGUGAUCCUGGGCCUGUUCGACGACAUCGUGCGAGCCUGCGGCGACAUACCGCGCGUCGAGGGUCAGCUGUACCUGGACUCCGCGGCGCCCGAGGUCCUGAAGCCCAUCAUCCCAGUGGAGACGGUGAACCGGGCCAAGAGGAGGGUCCUGGUCGAGCUGUACGUCCAGCGCGACGGGCCGCGAGACCUGCUCAGGGACUUCUACCCCUUCCUGUACCUCGUCGAUGGCACGGCUGGCGGCGGAGUGCCGCGACGUGGAGGAGCGAGCCGCCGCCGAGCCGGACAGCGUGGAGGCGCUGAUGGCGCUCAUCGAGUUCGUGCGCGGCGUGCAGGCCACGAGGAUGCACGAGGUGGCGGAGCGCGCCGCCGACUACCUGCGGUUCUUCCUGUUCCUGGCGGAGCAGCACCGCGGCCAGCUGCCCGAGCAGGACCUGGAGGUCUGCAGGUGGGCGCUGACCUGGCCGCGCCGCAUGGCCGCGGUUCUGGAGCAGCACCGCCGCAUGGUGGAGCGCAAGACGCAGGAGCUGGCCGAGUCCUUCUUCGCCUAGCCCCGGGUCCCCGAGUACUCGCGCGCCUUCCAUCGCUACAGUAACCUGUGCUUCCAACUAACUAGAGUACAGUGAUCCAACACA